GCAAGGGAGGGGUUUAGGGGGGGCAGAGGGUGGUGUGGAGGAGGAGCCAUCGGUGCGGAACCGGGAUGGAGUGGAUGCGAGCGGCGGUGCUGUUGCUGUCGCUGUCCGGCGGCCUAGUGGCCGGUCGGGCGGCCCGGGCCGGUGAGGACUGGGGAUACGUGUCGGUGCGGGACGGGGCGAACCUGUUCUGGUGGCUGUACCCGGCGGCGGGGAAUUCGUCCGCUCCCCUUGUCCUCUGGUUGCAGGGCGGCCCGGGAGGUUCCAGCUGCGGAUACGGGAACUUCGAGGAGAUUGGGCCGCUGGACGUGGAUCUGAAGCCCCGGGAGUUCACGUGGGCCGGAGGGGUCAACCUGCUGUUUGUGGACAGUCCGGUGGGCGCGGGCUUCAGCUACACCACGGACAGCGGCGCCUUCGCGCGGAACCUCAGCACAGCGGCCCGUGACACCGUGUUUCUGCUCGACGCCUUGUUCCGCAGCAAACCGCUCCUGCAGGAGGUUCCGUUCUACAUCUUUGCCGAGUCAUACGGCGGGAAAUUGGCGGCGGCCAUUGGACUGGAGCUCGUGAAGGCCGCGCCGCGCCGGGUCAAGUGUCGUCUCGCUGGCGUUGCCCUCGGCGACUCGUGGAUCUCCCCCCUGGACUCGGUGCUGUCCUGGGGCCCUUACCUGCACAGCACGUCGCUGCUCGAUGACCUGGGUCUGGCGGAGGUCAGCGCUGCUGCGGCCAAGGUCCAGGCGGCCGUUGAGGGCGGGGACUACCUGACCGCCACCCGCCUGUGGGCCGAGACCGAGAGCAUCGUGGAGAGGUGCACGGACGGUGUGAACUUUUACAACAUCCUGAAUGGCCGCAAGGCAGCGGUCAGCGAAGAUGAUGGGGUCAGCGACGGGGUCAGCGCCAGUCCCGGCCUCGUACACGGUGCCCCACUGGUCGCGCUGUUCCAGCGACACGUGCGCCCCCUGCAGGCAGACCGCUUGGCCGCGCUCAUGAACGGACCAAUCAGAGCGAAGCUGAAGGUCAUCCCUGACUUUGUGCAGUGGGGGGCCCAGUCGGAGCAGGUCUUUGCAAACAUGGAGGGCGACUUCAUGAAGCCGGUGACCGGGGUGGUGGACCGGCUGCUGGACGCUGGAGUCAACGUUACCGUCUACAACGGCCAGCUUGACCUCAUCGUCGACACGCUGGGGCAGGAGGCGUGGGUGCGUGGACUGACAUGGCGAGGGUUGCCGGGUUACCUGCAGCAAAGAUGGCGGCCACUCUACACCCGCUCCCGGCCCGGCACCACCGCCGCCUUCUACAAACAGCACCAGAACCUCGCCUUCCUCUGGGUGUUGAGAGCCGGUCACAUGGUGCCUGCUGACCAGGGGGAGAUGGCGCUGCAGAUGCUGCGGUUGGUGACGGACCCUCAGCACUGACCCUGGAGUUCCGCACGGACACCUCGAGGGGGGGGGUGGUCAGUGGGAUGUGUGGUCACUCGGUCACUCAGUCACGGGCUGAGCACUGACCCCAGGAGCACGACUCGGGGGG